GGACAUGGAUUUGAACUUAUCUCGUUUCUGACGAAGGGGCCGUGCCCCGAAACGUAUCUUUAUCUUUACAACAUGUAUUUAUUCAUUUGAAGUUUAAUAAAAUUUAUUUUCUAUUUGAAGCUUUAUAUAAAUGAAGUUUUUUGGGAGGCUAGUGAUAUUUAUAAUUAUUUUGCCAUAUAUGUCUAACUGGGAAUGCAUGGAAAGCAAGAAGAAAGAAUACUUGGCGUUGAAGGAUAUGCGACAUAGACUUGUUAAACUACAACAUCAUGAAAAAGUUUAUUGUAGAAGCUUAUCGGAGAACGUUAUACCGAAAGGUUUGAGGUUGAAGAAAACACCUUUGAUAGGAGAGGUAUCGCUUUGGUUUAAGAAACAAUGGCGUAGAGUGUUGUAUGAAGCGGAACGAAAACUUUUGACGGCACUGAAGAGAGAAGUGAAGCGAAAGCAGAUAGAAAUAAGCAAGGAUUUUCAUAAGAAAACUGGUGAAUUGACAUUAGUUAGAGAAGAUCAGAUGGUAAGAAAUUGGUUAGCGGAUUUGGAGCGCUGUGAGCAUAGAUGGAACGAGGAAUUGGCAGCGAGGCGCAGGAAGAAAUUUUCAAAGUUAUUGGGUAAUCACGCGAAACGGAGACGAAGGGCAUUGUCAAGGGAAGCAAUCAACGAUUUACGUACAUUGGUUUCAGAUUGUGUAGAGUUUAAUGAACAGAUAACGAGGGAAAAUGAAGCGGGUAUGACAACGGAGAAUUCCAAUACGUUUGAUAGUGCGAACAAGGGCGAUAAAAAUAUAUGUGAAGAACAAAAUUGGGCAGAGACAGACAACAACAUGAAUGAAGGCGGUGUGGUUCAGGAAAAUCAGUCAGGUGAAACUAAUGCAUGUUUUUUGAGCGAAAUAGUUAAUGAUGAAUGCAACAACGAACAAAGUAAAUUUGUCUCUGAUAAUGUAAUAAAUAUCUCAAGUAGAGUUUUGACGCAGGCUGAGGUUUCGCUACUUUCAAGGGGUCUAAAGUUUUGUCCCACCCCUAUUGAAUUAGAUAUUUCAUCUGUUAAAAGAGAUAUUAAGGAAUUUGGUAGAAAGCUAAAAUGUAAGGCAUUUUUUCAUUCCAAAAUCGGUAUGGAACAGGAGGGGCAAACAUUUAGACAAUUUAGGGAAAAAUCAGCGUGGUGUCAUACUGAAGUAGAUCCAGCAAUUGAGCUUUAUCUUAGUAAAUUCGAAGAACGGGUUUUGGCUAUUAACGAACGGGGUAGUAAUUUUAGUAAUCUUUCCUCAGAGGAACAAGAAGCACUUAAAAAUUUAAAGAAGUAUCGGGAUAUUGUUAUUAAGGAGGCAGAUAAGGGUGGGGCUGUAGUUGUGUGGGGAAGGAAGGAUUAUUACGAUGAAGCUUAUAAUCACCUUAAUGAUUAGCAAGUAUAUGAGGUUACUGAGUCAGAUCCCUUGGAUACGGUUAAUUCUUUAGUAGAAAAAAACGUUGGAUCCUUUGGUGUAUAAAGGAUAUAUAUCUUUGGCCAAUAGAAAAUAUCUAGUGGUUUCCAAACACCGUUUAGGAAAAUUUUACUUGUUGCCUAAAAUUCAUAAGCGUUUGGAGAAUGUACCAGGACGGCCGGUUAUUUCUAAUUGCGGUACGGCCACUGAAAGAAUAUCGGAAUUUUUGGAUUUUCAUAUACAACCUUUAGUGUGUAAUGUAUCAUCUGUUAUUAAGG